GAUAAAGCUUGAAGUCAUCAACACAGGAAGGAAGGAAAAAAACUUCCCCAGGAUUUUGAAUUAUACAGCAGCAGCAUCCUGUAUUUUACACCUGCAGAGGGGGAGGCAGCCUCAGCUGAGUGGAGAGGACAGUCAGACUGGAGGAGCAAACAAGUUCCCUGCAUCGCAGCUUUUUUCUUUUUCAGUUCUUUUUCUCUCCUUUUGUCUCAUUCUGUUUUUCCUCCUUAGUAAGAAUGCUAUUGCACAUGUGUAUGGUCUUGUCUUCUUCUGUCAUUCUUCUACAAGGCGGGUCCGUGCUCUGUAAGGAGAUGAAGUUGCCCAGCAGAGCAGCCAAGCCCCCCUCUCCAUCUGACUUUCUGGACAAACUGAUGGGACGCACAUCUGGCUACGACGCCCGCAUCAGACCCAACUUCAAAGGUCCUCCUGUCAACGUCACGUGUAACAUCUUCAUCAACAGCUUCGGAUCCAUCACCGAAACAACUAUGGAUUACCGCCUCAAUGUAUUUCUGAGGCAGCAGUGGAAUGACCCUCGACUGGCGUAUAAGGAAUAUCCAGACGACUCUCUGGACCUGGACCCGUCGAUGUUGGACUCCAUUUGGAAACCUGACCUGUUCUUCGCAAACGAAAAGGGAGCGAACUUCCACGAGGUCACAACAGACAACAAGCUGCUUCGGAUAUUCCACAAUGGAAAUGUCCUCUACAGCAUCAGGCUGACGCUGACUCUCUCCUGUCCAAUGGAUCUGAAAAACUUCCCCAUGGACAGCCAGAUGUGUAUCAUGCAGCUGGAAAGCUUCGGCUACACCAUGAACGAUCUUAUUUUUGAAUGGUUGGAUGUCGGCGCCGUGCAGGUGGCUGAUGAUAUGACACUGCCUCAGUUUGUGCUGAACGAGGAGAAAGGCCUUGGCUACUGCACCAAGCACUACAACACAGGUAAAUUCACCUGCAUCGAGGUCAAAUUCUACCUGGAGCGUCAGAUGGGCUACUACCUGAUUCAGAUGUACAUACCGAGCCUGCUCACCGUCAUCCUGUCCUGGGUUUCCUUCUGGAUCAACAUGGAUGCGGCUCCGGCCCGAGUGGGACUGGGCAUCACAACGGUGCUCACCAUGACCACACAGAGCUCUGGCUCCAGGGCUUCCCUGCCAAAGGUGUCCUAUGUAAAAGCCAUAGACAUCUGGAUGGCGGUUUGUCUCCUGUUUGUGUUUGCUGCACUACUGGAGUACGCAGCCGUUAAUUUUGUUUCACGCCAGCACAAGGAUUUCUUCAGACUGAGGAAGAAGCUCAAAGAGCAGCAGCGGCAGAGAACACAGGGAAGUGUUGACAGUAAAGCGAAGGGAAACAACACGCCAGGAAAAAGUGCUGCUCAUGGGAGCGUGGCCCAGCAGUGCACCGCCUGUUCGCGGGAGGAGGAGCUGGCACAGCAGGGUCUCCUCUUCCAGAGUUUGGGCAUCGCGCUGUCGGCAGGAAGUGCACCGGAAAUGGACGCCACGCCGGUGUUUGCUGAUCUACCUCCUGGUUUAGGUUUCUAUGAAAUCCGCAGGCGCUUCGUGGAUCGAGCGAAGAGGAUCGACACCAUCUCCCGAGCCGUCUUCCCCAUGAGCUUCCUCAUGUUUAACGUUCUGUACUGGCUCACCUACAAAGUCCUGCGACACGAGGACCUCCAGGCCGCACAGUGACAGCACAACACCGGAGGACCAAUAGGGCGACAGGAUGCAUCUAAUCCUGGUGUCUUCACUGAAACAUUGACAGGCUGAGGGACCUCGGCUCAGCAAUACGGAGGAGUUGAUCAGUUCCUUUCAAUUUUUAAUACUUCAAAGAGAUGCACUUUUUAUUGGCACUGAUGCAAUAUACAUUACACACUACACAUUAUGUCCAGUCUGUAUUUUAACUGUAUCACCCCCACACUUUUUUUGGAAACAUCUGUGUCUUCACGUGUAUUUGUACUGCAGUACUUUCCUGUCAAGUCUACUUUUUAAAAAACAUUUUGCCAUGGUCGACAGCUCAUUGAUAUGAGCACAGCUUUUGUAUCAGACAGCCACCAAAACAUAUAUCACUACAUGUAUCCAGAUACUAUUCCAAGAAUUACAUUUCUUAGUAAACUACAGGCUUCUAGGAUGUAAAAGUAUUUUUAUAUAAAAUAAUAUUUAUCAGCUAAAUUACAUUUCAAAUUCUAAAGGGAGAAAAGGAAAUACUGCCCAAAAAUGUCACUAUAUACUCAUAUUAUAGCAUGGCACAAACAUAGCUAAAUAUAGUAUGAAUUUUAUUCAUUACUCAUUAUGUCUUCAAUUUCAAAUCUGCAUAUUGGCCAUAGAUUGUUAUUAUUAAUAUUCAAUCAUUGGACAACAUUAAAAAGGCGAUAGACUUAAAAAUAUACCUAAUUUCCUAUGGUAAAUAUUGUUUUAUUAACUGAUAAAUUCUACAGAAUGGUGAAAUAUUCCAGUUCGUUUCAAUUAACAACAAAAUCAGUGGAUAUUUUGAUAUGUAUAAAAUGUCAAUUUUACGAUAUUACAUGAGCAUUUAUAACAUGAGUCUAAUCUUUAACCAAAUUCUUUGCAGAUAUCUUGAAUCCAGCGUGGUAUGACCAUUGUUAAUCUCUGGUUUUUAUUGUUGUUUUAUUUUUAUUCUAACUUUGAUAAGUAUUAUGUAAGCAUUUGGUUUUUGCCAGAAUCCAAACCUAAGAAUUUAACUGUGAGCUAUGAUGUUUAUAAUUUCACUCUAUGUGAGAAGCCAGAAGCAUCUAACCAGCACUGAACUAUAUUUGUCUUCCUCUCGUACUUUUCUCACUCAAGGUUAUUUUUAGGUCUCACUCUACUUUCAGGUGGGAACUGUACAAAAUGCCUCUGCAAUAACAGUCUCCUGAGUUGCUUCCAUGACUGAAACUCAGUACCUAAUAUUACAUAUUGCUAGAUUAGCUUUUCUGUGUGCA